CCCAACCAAGGAGACUCUCCACGGCCGGCCGGCCACGCGUUUCGUUUCGUCAUGUUCGUCGCUGGUCCUGCAACUGCAUAUUCGGAGGAUUGGUUGAUGACUGCCAGCAAGAUGUUGGCCAAACUCCAGUGGUCUGCAGUUCCUAGAUCUGCAAGCCAGUGUUUUCUGACAAGCAGCUGCAGAUUUACUCGGCCCGUAUGUCACCUCACUCCAGAAGCAAAGCCGUCAAGAGCUUUGCCAACAUACCAACACAGGAACAUCUCUUGUUCGACAUCACUUUUGAGUGGCACGGCAAAUGUAAAAGCUGUCCCGAAGCCUCGAACUCACUGGACAUCGAGGGCCACAAAACCUAAAAUCAGUGCAGCCAGUAUCAUUGAUAGCGUCUUUGAGAAGAACACAGCGGAUGCGUUGCCUGGCAACCGCAUCUCACCAGAAGAAAGACUCAAGGACACGAGCGUUUACCUGAGUAAUGUUCGGAGACGAGCGUUCCUUUCAGACUCUGGUGCCUACAGAUCAUCCAGUCUUGAAAUUCUGAAGGGCCAAGAAAAGAGAUACAGCAGUGUCGAUGACGAAAGGCUAGAGAGAUUGAUGAAAGAUGGUUCAUGCGAGAAAAUAUCAUCGCUCCCAUCGUCUGAAAUUAUCGACUUUCUGGGCAGCUUGAGCCGAGCCCCCGUGACUAAGUUGUUUUCAAUGCUUGGGUUAUCUCUUGCCGAAGUUUCCGAUUUGGCAUGCCAAAAUAUUCAGAAGUGCAAUGAUGAAGAGUUCUGCAGUGUUCUGAUUGCUUUGUGCAGAUUACAUCCGCUCUCGCUGUCUCCUGAAAAUCUGGAAGACUUGGAAAAAGAAUGUGAGCGGAGACUGAAUACGUGGGACGUGAACACAAUGCUGCUGGUCUCCGACUGGUGGAUACACAUUCGGCGAAAGUCGUCUUUCAAUCAGUUGAUUCUGAGAGCGCUAAGUGGGAAAGUGGGGGAGAUGACGGUUGCGAAUGUGGUCCAAACCUUCUAUGUGAUCGGAGAGUGCCAGUAUGCCCCAUCAGAAGAGUUCUUGCAGGAGCUGGCGGACCUAUCCCAGCAGCACUUGGAGAGUUUCACCUGGAACGAGGUCGGGAUCAUGUGCAACGCCUUCAUCAAGUCGCGUUCCCGUAUCUUGUCCCGUCCCUUACAGAGGGCCGUCAGCGCCCGUAUCUGCCAGGACAUUAACAGCGCCAACAGCUUAGACCACUACAACCUGGUGACGGCCAUGCGGUUCAUCUCCCGCGCCUACUUCCACAGCUGGCGCCUGUUUGAGGACAUCGCACGCACCCUGAUCCCUCACGUUGCCGGCAUGCCCUACCUAGUCCCCCCUCACAUUGUGACGGCGUUCGCUAAAGUCCGGCACUUCAACAAGCCUCUCAUGGAUGCCGUAGGGAUGCGAGCCCUGCAGGCAACAGACUCCGAUGUUCGUCUGAAGGAUGUCUGGAUGCUACUGUGGUCUUUCUGCCGGUUGAACUACCACCCUCCAAACUCGACCAACUUCUUCUCAGAUCUGAUCCAGCAUCUAGUUGAGAAGUCUGAGCAGAUGGAUCAACCUCACCAAUUCAUGAAGAGCCUGGUUUCUCUGACUUUUAUAGAACAAUAUCCCUCCAAUCUUAUCAAUAGAGCAUUCAGCCCAGAAAGCCUCAAAUCGUAUGAAGAGAAUUGCCCACCAGAUAUUUACAAGCAUCUGUUUUCCCUGGACUGUUCAGUAGCUAUCGAGCAACCGCAGUACUCGGGCAACCGACUACCACAGGCAUUCAUAGAAAAAUUCUGGCAGUGUCCCCACGGCUCCAGAAAGGUCACUUACCAAAAGAUACCCGGCUUGCAGGAAAUAGUAGACGGACUGCAAUGCAUUCUGGGUGGAGCGGCAUACCUGAAGGCAUACCCUAUCUUGCCCCAUAUCAGGACACCCCUAGAUAUAGAGGUGCAUCUAGACGCUUCCUCCAACCCCAUGCUGCUAGAUUCCAAGCCAGAAAGCUCUUUAGACGAAUUGCUCAGAAAUGCAAAUGGACAAGAGGGUGUACAAAGGUUGGCGAUUCUGGCCGGCCCCAGAGCUCACUAUCGCUUACACUCCAAGGAUCUACUAGGAGUCCACGUCAUGAAAAGGAGACAACUCAAGAAAGUAGGCUACAAGAUUGUGGAGGUGCCGUUCUACGAAUGGGAACCGCUGCUUCAAGCAACAGAGCUCCACAGACAUAGCUACCUCAAAGCUAAGAUUUUUCAAUGAAGCCAAAACCUAUGCAAUUGAUCCCAUUGAGUACGGUAUUUUUCUUAGAGAUAGGCCAGGCCACCCCACCCUCCAAUACUUUCUCAAAAAUUUUGCCGAAAUAUGUCAAGUUUGAAUAUGUAACUGGGGAGUAUUUGCAAAAUUGUUUGCAAUUUUCAAGAAAUUAAAAAUCUUAAAAAGUGUAAUCUGCGGAAUUUAAAGCUCCUAAUCCACCUGCAACUUUAAAUCCAUCCCUAAGUUUCCCUUGCACUUCUAUGUUGGGUUUAAGGCAUGUGGACUCAAGAUUUGAAAGCGGAUGAUCAGUUUUUUAACGCAAAAGUUUUGCGGUUUUUGGAACGGAUGACAGAUAAACACGCAGGGAGCGAGGUUGAAAACAUCGGUCAGCGACCCACUCGCAGCGAGCGAGGCCAGAG